UCUGAUGUAGACACACAGUUGUACGGCUACGGCAAAGUCGCAGACAAGGCUGAUUUCGCCACCGCUCCGAAGCCGGGAAUGUUUGAUAUCAAGAGGAAGGCCAUGCACCGCCGAUGGAAGGACGUCGCUGCUACAGGAAUCAGCCCUCAAGAUGCUGAAAAGAAGUAUCUUCAGAUGGCCGAGGACUUGAAGAAUAAAUAUUCUCCUGUGGAUUAG